UCAAUUUUCACGAAAACAAAGAGCAACCCACGACUGGGAUUCAAUUAUCAAACACCAGGCUAAGCUCAGAAACGAUAAUGAUAUUCUCACUACUUAUACCUACAUGGAAUCUUUACGCAUUUUGCCGAAUAGAGUAACGUUGCCUCUCAUUCUCAAGGCUUGUGGGAAUUUAUAUGCCAUCGAAAUGGGCAAGAAAAUACACCAUGAUGUAAUGAAUACAGGUUUGAUUACUGAUGUGCGUGUUGGGACAAGUCUUGUUGAUUUUUAUUGUAAAUGUGGGUGUUUGGAUGAAGCGAGAUACGUGUUUUAUGAAAUGCGCGAGAGAGAUGUAGUGGCCUGGAAUGCGAUGAUUUCCGGGUCUGUGGAUUGUAAGGAAUUUGAGGAGGCUGUGUUUUUGGUUAUGGAGAUGCAAAGAGACGUGUUGAGACCGAAUGCAAGGACUAUGGUGUCAUUGCUUGUGGCCACGGGGGAACUCAUGGACUUGGGGCUUGGGAAGGAGAUACAUGGGUAUUGUUUGAGAAAUGGAUUUUUGAACUUGAAUGCUCAUGUGGGAACUUCUUUGAUUGGGUUUUACUUGAAAUUUGAUGCUAGGACGGCGUAUGAUGUUUUUGAAUCGAUGAAUUUGAGGAAUGUGGUGAGUUGGAAUGCAAUGAUUAAUGGGUAUGUUGAUACAGGGUAUUACUUUGAGGCAUUCGAUCUUUUUGUUCAAAUGUUGAUGAAUGGGGUGAGAUGUGAUUUGGUGACCAUCCUCAGUGCUAUACAGGCCAUUGCAGAAUAUGGGUGUAUUAAAUUGGGUAUGCAAGUCCAUCAACUGGCAAUCAAAUGUGAUUUUAAUGGAGAUUUGUACAUAAUAAAUGCAUUGAUAAAUAUGUAUAGUCAAAUUGGAUGUAUGGACUUUGCACAUUUUCUAUUUCGAUCCGUUUCUACAGGAGAUGUUGCUUUGUGGAACUCUAUGAUUUCUGCAUAUAUCGAGAGAGACGCCAUUGAUGAAGCUGUGGCUUUGGUAAGAACAAUGAGGUUAAAAGGCCCAAGACCAGAUGAAAGAACUGUUGUGAUUGUACUGUCAUUAUGUGUUGACUUGGCUAAUGGUCUGAGAAAUUGUCGAAGCCUGCAUGCUCAUGUAGUUAAAUGCGGAAUGGAGAACAAUCCCUGCAUAAGAAAUGCAUUUUUAAAUCUGUUUGGAGAGCUAAAUUGUGUUGAAGAUGCCUCGAAAUUUUUUGAUGAGACAAAAAAUCCAGAUGUGCUUUCAUGGAACACAUUGAUCUCGGCAUUGGCCCAUAAUGAACUGAGGGGUAAAGCGUGGGAUCUCUUUAUGCAGAUGAGUGAAUUACAUUUUGCGCCUAACUCCCACACGAUAGUUUCCAUUCUUGCAGCUUGUAAUGACGAGUCAUAUUUAAAACUUGGUAGAUUUAUCCAUGGUUAUGUGAUAAAACACGGGAUCAAAAUUGACCCACCUCUGCAUACGGCACUCAUAGAAAUGUAUAUGAACUGCAGUGAUAAAGAAACAGCCGAGGUGUUGUUUGAGAGCUUUGCUGAUAGAGACUUGAUCUCGUGGAAUGCUAUGAUUACUAGUUAUGUGAAGAACAAUGAGGCUGAAAAGGCUCUGUUUCUUUUCCAUCAUCUGAUUUUAAAGAAGCAACCCAAUGGUGUGACAAUUAUUAAUGCUCUUUCAUCGUGCACAAGUCUAGCUAAUCUUCCCGAAGGCCAAUGUUUACAUGCUUAUGCAAUGAGGAAAUCUCUGGUUUCUGAUUUGGCUGUGGCAAAUGCUUUCAUAAGUAUGUAUGCAAGAUGUGGUUGUAUGAAGUAUGCUGAGAACAUUUUUAAAGCAUUAUCGAAGAGAAAUGUAGUCUCAUGGAAUGCAAUGAUAGCCUGCUAUGGCAUUCAUGGGAGAGGAUAUGAUGCUAUGCUAGCCUUCUCAAAUAUGUUGGAAGAGGGCUUUAUACCUGACAAGAUAACGUUCAUUUCUGCUUUAUCUGCUUGUAGCCAUUCGGGUUUUAUAGACAAGGGCACACAGCUUUACCAAUCUAUGAUUCGUGAUUUUAGGAUUAUCCCUGAACCGGUGCACUAUGCUUGUGUGGUUGAUCUGCUGGCACGUGGAGGUCGCUUUGAGCAAGCUUGGAAGUUCAUUAAUUCAAUGCCUAUUGCACCAAUUGCAUCUGCAUGGAGAUCUCUUCUUGGUGCUUGUCGAGUGUACUCUGAAACUAAGUAUGCUCGUACCAUCUUCGAGAAGCUGGUUGAAUUAGAACCGACAAAUGCAGGUAACUAUGUUUUGUUAUCGAAUAUCUAUGCAGCUGCAGGCCAAUGGUCAGAAGUUGAAAAAUUAAGAAAAUUGCUUCAAGAAAAGGAUUUAAGAAAGCCUCCAGGAAAAAGCUGGAUUAGUGUUAGAAAUAAGAUUCACUACUUCACUGCAGGUGAUAAAUCACAUCCUCAAUGCAACAAAAUUUACCAAAAAUUGGAAUUAUUGUUGUCAUUUAUAAAAGAACAAGGAUAUAUUCCUGAUCUUCAUUGGGUUCUUCGCGAUGAAGAAGAUGAAGAUAAAAUUGGGAGGCUCUUAAGCCACAGUGAGAAGCUAGCUAUUGCUUUUGGAUUGAUCAGCAUAAGAGGUGGUGCCCCAAUCUUGAUUUCCAAGAACCUAAGGAUUUGUGGUGAUUGUCAUGAAUUUAGUAAACAUGUCUCUAAAUUGGUUGGAAGGGAAAUAGUUUUGAGGGAUGGAAGUCGUUUCCAUCAUUUCAUUAAUGGCGUCUGCUCAUGCAGGGAUUUUUGGUAAGACCAGCAUCUCAACUCUGGAAGCAUGGAACUUCAUUCCAACGUUUUUUGGCAAUUAACCGUUUGGCAGGGGUACUUUGCAUUUUGUAGAAGAGCUUAUUGACAAAGUC